AUGGCCCGGCGCCCCGGCCCCAUGGCGCUGCUCCUCAGCUUCGGCCUCCUCGGGCUGUGCUCAGGGGUGUGGGGUACAGAUGCAGAGGAGCGGCUGGUGGAGCAUCUCCUGGAUCCCUCCCGCUACAACAAGCUUAUCCGCCCAGCCACCAAUGGCUCUGAACUUGUGACAGUACAGCUCAUGGUAUCAUUGGCACAGCUCAUCAGUGUGCAUGAGCGGGAGCAGAUCAUGACCACCAACGUCUGGCUGACCCAGGAGUGGGAGGAUUAUCGCCUCACCUGGAAUCCCGAGGAGUUUGACAAUAUGAAGAAAGUCCGGCUCCCUUCCAAACACAUCUGGCUCCCAGAUGUGGUUCUCUACAACAACGCCGACGGCACAUACGAGGUGUCCUUCUAUUCCAACGCCUUGGUGUCCUACGACGGCAGCAUCUUCUGGCUGCCGCCCGCCAUCUACAAGAGCGCCUGCAAGAUUGAAGUGAAGCACUUCCCAUUCGACCAGCAGAACUGCACCAUGAAGUUCCGCUCCUGGACCUACGACCGCACGGAGAUCGACCUGGUGCUCAAGAGCGACGUGGCCAACCUGGACGACUUCACACCCAGUGGCGAGUGGGACAUCGUAGCGCUGCCGGGCCGGCGCAACGAGAACCCCGACGACUCCACGUACGUGGACAUCACGUACGACUUCAUCAUCCGCCGCAAGCCGCUCUUCUACACCAUCAACCUCAUCAUCCCGUGCGUGCUCAUCACCUCGCUGGCCAUCCUCGUCUUCUAUCUGCCGUCCGACUGCGGCGAGAAGAUGACCCUGUGCAUCUCCGUGCUGCUGGCGCUCACCGUCUUCCUGCUGCUCAUCUCCAAGAUCGUGCCGCCCACCUCGCUGGACGUGCCGCUCGUCGGCAAGUACCUCAUGUUCACCAUGGUGCUGGUCACCUUCUCCAUCGUCACCAGCGUGUGCGUGCUCAACGUGCACCACCGCUCACCCACCACGCACACCAUGGCGCCCUGGGUCAAGGUCGUCUUCCUGGAGAAGCUGCCGGCGCUGCUCUUCAUGCAGCAGCCGCGCCACCGCUGCGCCCGCCAGCGCCUGCGCCUGCGGCGGCGCCAGCACGAACGCGAGGUGGGCGCCCCCUUCUUCCGCGAGCCGCGCGGGGCCGACUCCUGCACCUGCUUCGUCAACCGCGCGUCGGUCCAGGGCUUGGCCGGGGCCUUCGGGGCUGAGCCCGCGCCGGCGGCGCCGUGUGGCUGCGGCCUCCGGGAGGCGGUGGACGGGGUCCGCUUCAUCGCCGACCACGUGCGCAGCGAGGACGACGACCAGAGCGUGAGCGAGGACUGGAAGUACGUCGCCAUGGUGAUCGACCGCCUGUUCCUCUGGAUCUUCGUCUUCGUCUGUGUGUUUGGCACUGUUGGCAUGUUCCUGCAGCCCCUCUUCCAGAACUACACGGCCGCCACCUCCCUCCACCCCGACUCCUCGGCCCCCAGCUCCAAGUGA